AUGACUUCCCGCGACGGCUACUCUUGGACCAAGGCCUCCGGCUUGAAGCAGGGCGUACCGUCCAUCGGUGUCAUAUUCCCUUCAACCAAUGUAUCAACCUCCGAGUCCAAAUACGACGUGAUAGUCAUCGGUGCAGGCUAUUGUGGUCUUACAGCCGCUCGAAAUGCUGCAAUUGAGGGCCUGAGAGUCCUUCUCUUGGAAGGAAGAGACCGUAUUGGAGGACGGUCAUGGUCGUCGAACAUCGGUGACUAUCCGUUUGAGAUGGGAGGCACAUGGGUGCAUUGGGGCCAGGCGAACGUGUGGCGGGAGAUUGCCAGGUAUCAAAUGACCAACCAGUUGGUGAACUCAUUCGACUUUUCACAAGGAGUCAACCACUUCGAGUUCAACACUGCACAGGGCAAUGUUAAGAUGAAUCAUGAGCAGGAGGACGAACUCAUGGCGUCAGCGCUGGGCAAAUUCUUUAACGUUGAUGGAUCAUUUGGGCGGAAGAUUAUGCCUCUGCCACAUGAUACCUUCAAAAUCGAGAAGGCGGUAGACCUGGACAAGCUCUCUGCACUUGACAGAAUCAACCAGAUUUCGCACUCACUCACACUCGAUGAGCGAGCUGCCCUGGAGUCGUUCAUACUCCUUUGCAGCGGCGGCACGCUGGAGACCAUGAGUUUCCACGAGAUGGUACAUUGGUGGGCUAUGUGUGGCUACACUUAUCAAGGCUGUCUUGAUUACCUCAUUACAUGGAAAUUUCGAGGCGGCCAGUCAAGCUUCGCCAUCAAAUUCUUCAACGAGGCCCUUACAACGAAGCGUUUAUCUUAUGCUUUAGACAGCCCCAUCAAGUCGGUCAGGGACACUGGAAGCAAUGUCACAGUGACAACAAGAGAAGGGCAGCAGUAUCAUGCAGAUCGGUUGAUCUCGACUGUUCCGCUCAAUGUACUGGGAGCAUUGUCUUUCGACCCUCCUCUACCAAUCGGCAAGCAAUCUGCCAUCAACAUUGGCCAUGUCAACCAGUGCGUGAAAGUUCACGCUGAGAUCCCAGACAAAGACCUCCGAUCAUGGACAGGCGUUACGUAUCCUUACAAUAAGCUAUUCUACGCCAUCGGUGACGGCACGACACCAGCCGGGAAUACACAUAUUGUUGCCUUCGGUGGCAAAUUCAACCACAUGAACGCUGAAGAAAAUGUGGAGGAUACAUUGGGGGCAGUCAAAGGUCUGUUCGCACCUGAGAACAAUAAGGGAAGGUCUCCCGACGUUGCUCGGCUGGUCUUCCACAACUGGUCAAGGGAUGAAUUCUCAAAGGGAGCAUGGUUCUUCUCCCCACCAGGAUUGCUGGCCAACCAUUUGGAGGACAUGAGAUCUCGGCACGGUAAUAUUGUGUUUGCAAACUCGGACUGGGCUCUUGGAUGGCGCAGCUUCAUAGACGGUGCCAUUGAAGAGGGAUGCAGAGCGGCUUUCGAGGUCAGGACGGAGCUGCAAGCUGAGCGUAGUGGAGACAUGCCACAUCCCACUUCGGCUUGCGUUUCAGCUCUAGUCAAAGCCCAAGAGCAGCUCGAUGACGCUGAACGGCUUAGCUAUAUUCUCGGCGCACUGCUGGGGAUAGUGUUUCUGCUCUUCGUUUGCAGUCCGCUGAUCCUCAACCUGCCCAAAGAGGACGAAACAUCAAGGACAGCCCCACCACCCGAAAACAACGAAAUUGAAAUGCGGGAUCUCGGAAGCGGUGGCGAGAUGCCAGAUCCUAACGACUUCGUAAUCAAUGAGGAGGAGGCCGAUAUAAGCCAGGUGAGCGAUUUCAUAUCCGCAAGUCGACGCCCACUGUCUUGGCUCAAACUGGUCUUCCGUGGGCUUGAUGACGAGCGGGAGGUUGCCAGGCACUGUGUUCGAGAUCCUCCAACUCCGUCUGUGGUGGGCGAGGAAGGUCAAGAAGCCUCAUCUCCUGAGGAGCACAAGACUGCUUAG